AUGAGUCUGGAAGUAUAUAGGUUCUUAGCUGAUAGCGGAGGGAGUCAGCUUUCGGAACGACCUCCAGUACCUGGAGAAGAGACUGAGGAUAGAGGUAGUGUAUCGUCAUGUGUUAAAAGUGGGAAGCAAAGUGACCAGUCAGCAGGUACUCCAAGACGGUCAAAUUUGAAGGAUGCCGCUAUUAAACGGGUGAGGAAUGUUGGAAGGGGCACCACUUGGUUUCGAACCACAAGGUUCUGUGACGCCGCCGCCGCAUCUGUGACGCUGCUGUACACAAGAUGGACAGAAUCCUUGCAUGUAUUGCUUUCGGACGAGGAUGGGAUUCAGCUUUUCAAACACUAUCUUAUUCAGGAAGGUGCAGAGAACCCUCUGCUAUUCUGGCUUGCCACGCACGGAUUCAAGAAGAAGUCUGAUAGUGAUCCUGUCAGAACUGAUCUUGCGAAACUAAUUUAUAGAAGAUUUAUUAAGAAAGAUGGACAACAGGUCGUAAGACUGCAUGGCUCGACAAGGAGUCAUGUAGCAGAGUCAAUAAGAACUAACAAAGUAGACAGUGAUCUGUUUGAUGCAUCACAGAUGGAAGUAGAGGAAUACAUGCGGGAGACAUCCUAUCCUAUAUUCCUCAAGUCAGAUGUUUAUGUGCAAUAUGUGAAUAACGGUGGGGUUAGUCCUAAGAGUUCUGAAGGAUGCUCCAGUAAUGGUAGUAAUGGUCAUCCUGCACAGGCAGGAUACUUACCAACUUUGCCUGACGAUUCUGAACUUUCAGACCUUCCACAAGCGGGGUCUCUCACAGCAGAUCUCUUGUUGAGGAGUAGUCAUCACAGGCAUAAUACAGAUAGAUAUCAGGACAGGUUAUACCCUGGAUUAUUACGUAGUUACAAUCCAUAUCACCCAGGCUGUGCAGCCGUAGCUCCUGCAACAUCAAACAAUGAUUCUGAAUUACAAUCUCUCAGCAGUGAUGCUAUCUCAGAUGACACCAUGUCUCUAACAGAUUCCAAUGUGGAUGGUUUUCCAGUAAGGUCGAGACAGCAACAGAAGAGGAGACAAAAGCGUAAUAUGAAAUAUAAUAUCAGAUAGAAUGGAAAAGUAAUGACACAUCUUCCUUGUCCGCGUGCUCAUCCUAGAGAAUUACCACCAACAGACCUGGUUGAAUUCGCAAAGAAGUUAACUGAGAAGUUAGAGAAGGUUCUUCUAGAAAGGGAAGAUAUAGAACGACUUGCUGCCAAAUUACACAAAGUUGAGGAAGAGGAACCUGAGUGUAAAACACUAGCAUCAAUGACCGUGAGGGCUCCUGGCAAGCAAAUAUUCCCCAUCCAUGAUUUUGUGGAGGAUGACCCUAAUAGUAUUCUGGAGGACCAUUAUGUCUAG